AUGGUCGCCAAUGACGCCUCGGAUAACGGAGCAUUGCUCAUGUCUUGCGACGACCAGAAUCUCAUUUUUUCUUUCACGCACGGAACUUGUACUACCACUUGCACAUUGUAUCCCUCUCCUCCCUCAACAGACAAUGUGCCCCUGCCGACUCUGUUUGGCGGCCUUCUUGACUCCCCCAUCGUUCUCAUCAAAGCGAACCCACAACCACCACUGUCACCGCCUCCAACGAUACCAACGCUGCCACUGGAAUUACCUCAUCUAAUCGAGACUCAGCCACAGCUGUUGUCGCCCAUUUCACCGGAAUGGUCAUCAAAUGAAGAUGAUGUCCAGUUAUAUGACAGUGUCCUUAUGUCGCAGCCCUUUGCGCGCGACUUUACGGACCACGCUUACAGCUUAUCUUUUUCUUCGAACGAUGAUGAUGAUGCGGCCACCUCCUUCCCGCCCUUGAACAUCCCGAUGUAUCAGCCACCGGGUGUCAACUGCUUCAUUGACGAGGACGAAUCAUGUCCAGAGUUUUAUCCGGACUCUCCCACGUCUUCUGAUGCAACCUCUUCUGUCGACUCUUUCCCGCCGUCUCCAUUAUUCUCACCCCAUCUCGAUUAUUUCCCUCCUUCUCCGUCGCAGUCACUGCGGAAACUCGAAGGAAUAGACUCAAUUACUUCGGAUGGCCCAUCAUGGCUACACCGAUCCCCCACUCUUCUGUCAUUUGGGUCAUUGCCCUCGCCAGAACUUGAUGUCCUCGAUCUUGACAUGGAUUUGGGACUAGGAUUUGGCAUGUCCCCAGCCCCCUCUCGCAGAUCUGUCACGUGUCUUCCUUCACUGGACGAAACUGAUGGUGUAUCUCUAUCGGAGAUACCGCAGGAGUCGAUCGACCUGCCUACGCCGCCUAUAUCUCCGUUAUUGAACACAACAGACCAAUCCAAUGCACUCUGCUUGGAUCUUCCUGUUGAUUCUCCUCCGCCUAGUAAAGCUCCAUCGAUUCUGGACACGUUUUCAAGUGAGGAGCUUGCGAUGAGACGGCCGUCUCAUCUACCCCAAGAAGAGCUAGACGGACUGUUGUCGAUUCGAGCACGUGCUCAGACAACGCUGGCCGAAUGUGCUGCUGCCCCGCCAGCGUCAUGUUCGCCGACAAUUUUGGAUCAUGAGCUUCGCCGCAGUGUCCCGCGUGAUGCAGGCGAACCUCGUCGACGGCGUAAAAGGGCUAAAGAGUUGGGAAAGGAGGUCGAUGCUCUUGUGGGUUUCGCGCUGGGCAUUUUACCUGAUUCGGAGAGCUCGACAUGCAAACAACGAGUUGUGGAUGACCCACGUCAGAGUGUUUGUCUUGAUAAAGCAGGACUGGGAGGACUUGAAAAUCUGACUCAGCUUGUGGCAAGAAUGAUACUUCGUCGGAGAGAACGAUGCGUCAGAGGGCUUGAUUGCGCUGUGCGUUCUCGUUGUUGGACGGGUUCCCCGUUAUGGAAAUCGAUAGGAGUCGAUGAACUGCAGGUAAACGAGCAUGAUGGCGCAUAA